AUGGAGGAGAGUACAAGAGUCUUUGUCUCUGGUCUCCCGCCAACUUUUUCCAAUGACCAACUCAGGAAGCAUUUUGCUACUCGCUUCCAGGUCACGGAUGCUCAUGUUUUGCCCAAGCGCCGAAUUGGCUUCGUGGGCUUCAAGAGCCACGAUGUAGCCAAGGAGGCUGCGCGGUACUUCAAUAAGACAUAUAUGAAGAUGUCGAAGAUCUUAGUAGAAAUUGCUAAACCGAUUGAUGCUGAGCCUACCCGUAAAGCUCAUAAACCCGAUGACUCCUCGGAGAGUACACUCAAGCGUAAGCGGGAUGGGGAGAAACCUCCACAAGAUCCUAAAAUGCAAGAGUACAUGUCCCUGGUGGAACACCCCUCCCACACGAAGACGUGGGCCAACGACGAUGCGUUCAUCCCGUCUGUGGAGGACUCUCAGAAGCAAGACCAAGUUGCCGAGGAAGAUGAUACACCCCAAGACCUCACCUACGCCCAAAGAAAGCGAGCCAGGAUCGCAGACGGCCAGGGAGAUGAGAGCGAAGCCCCAGCCGCUGCUCAUGAACCUGAGCCCAUGGCCGUUGACGGGGCUGAGGAAAAAGAGAAUGCGGAGCAACAGGACCCUCAACCCGAGGAGCAACCUGCCGUAUCGGACUCCGAUUGGCUGCGGUCAAAGACGAGUCGCCUCCUGGGCCUUCUGGACGAAGAGGAGCAAGCAGAGUUCAACGCUCCGCCAAGUGCUCCUGCUCCUGAAGAGCCGAAAUCUGUUGCGAAGGUUUCUACAGAGUCUGAUGACGGUGAGUCGCCAGAUGGUGCGGAUGCUGGUAAAACAGCGGAAGCACCCCCGCCGGUGGAUACGAAUAUCGAGAACAUCCGCCUGUCUGCGCGUCUCUUCGUAAGAAACUUGGCGUACGAUAUCAGGGAAUCGGACCUGGAACCACUAUUCACACCUUUUGGAAGGAUUGAAGAGAUUCAUAUCGCUUUCGAUACCAGAUCAAACACCAGCAAAGGAUUUGCAUACGUCCAGUACGUUGACUCAGAUUCAGCCGUAGAGGCUUACAAGGGUCUGGACGGAAAGCACUUCCAAGGCCGUUUACUGCAUAUCUUGCCGGCUUCUGCCAAGAAGACGUACAAAAUCGACGAGCAUGAGUUGCAGAAACUGCCUAUAAAGAAACAAAAGGAAAUCCGGCGAAAAAUGGACUCUGCUUCCUCCACUUUUAGCUGGAACUCCCUCUACAUGAACACUGAUGCUGUCAUGUCUUCAGUGGCUGAACGACUGGGGGUCUCCAAAUCUGACCUGUUGGAUCCCACUUCAGCAGACGCUGCGGUGAAACAAGCACAUGCUGAGACGCACGUUAUUCAAGAAACGAAAGCUUACUUCACCGCGAACGGUGUCAACCUUGACGCGUUCAAGCAGCGGGAGCGUGGAAACACCUCCAUCUUAGUAAAGAACUUUUCAUUCGGCGUCAAAGCUGACGACCUUAGGAAAUUGUUCGAGCCGUACGGUCAACUCAUCAGGCUACUGCUGCCUCCCAGUGGCACGAUAGCCAUCGUUGAGUUUGGAAGACCGGACGAGGCGCAAAAGGCCUUCAAAGGCCUCGCCUAUCGAAAGGUUGGGGAUUCGAUUCUCUUCCUGGAGAAGGCACCUAAGAACCUGUUCGACCCGUCGAUGGUGCCGCAGAAGCCAAUCGCCGAGCCCAAGGCUGUCUCGCAGGGCUUCUCGACGGCGGACACUUUCGCGGCCGAUGAGGCCGAGGACACCAUCACGGCCGCCUCGACCCUAUUCGUAAAGAACCUUAAUUUCUCCACCACGAAUCAAAAGUUCGUGGAAACCUUCCGGCCACUGGAGGGCUUUGUGUCUGCCAGGGUCAAGACCAAACCCGAUCCCAAGAAACCCGGCCAAACGCUCAGUAUGGGCUUUGGCUUCGUUGAUUUCCGGACCAAGGAACAAGGUCAGGCUGCUCUUGCCGCAAUGAAUGGCUACAGUCUGGAUCAGCAUGAACUGGUAAUUAGGGCGUCUCAUAAAGGCAUGGAUGCCGCCGAGGAGCGACGCCGGGACGACACGGCGAAGAAGAUCGCAGCAAGAAGAACGAAAAUCAUCAUCAAGAACUUGCCCUUCCAAGCGACCAAGAAAGAUGUCAGAUCCCUCUUUGGUGCCUACGGCCAGCUUCGGUCUGUUCGGGUGCCUCAGAAAUUUGACCGGUCUACUCGUGGGUUCGGUUUUGCUGACUUCGUAAGCGCUCGCGAAGCGGAAAAUGCCAUGGACGCGCUGAAGAACACCCACUUGUUAGGUAGAAAACUGGUGUUGGAAUUUGCCAACGCGGAGGCCAUCGAUGCCGAGCAAGAGAUCGAGCAGAUCGAAAAGAAAGUAGGGGAACAGGUGGACAGGGUCAAACUACAGAAGCUCACGGGGGGAGGCCGCAAGAAAUUUACUGCCAUCCCUUGCUUGGUCGAGGUUGAAGUCCGGCAGGCCGGCAGCAGGUCGCAAGCCCGACACGUUCCUGCUGCUGUCAGGUUCGUCUUUGGGGUGCAUCCGAGAGAAAUCCCCGAGCAGGUGCAGGUCGACGAAAAUGUCCCCUCCCCCUUGCAUCAAUUCUCCGUCGGGUUCCAUUCGUGCUCUUCCCUCCCUCCUGAUUUGCUGCAACAAGGCGGGCCACUGGGGGAAUUUCCCUCCCUCGUCGGUCUCCAGACGCGUGAAAGCACAGACCCAAGGGUGUUUCUCACGCUGUCGCUCUCCUCUCCCCACCUUGGAACCGAGUCGUCGUUGCCCUCGAGGGGGAGGGAUACUACCUUCUUCCAAACAAGCAGCGUGAUCCAGCAAUGUAGUUACUCCUCUCUAGGGGAGGGAGGGAAUGAGCUUCCUAUAAACACCAUGCUCUUCGCUCUCACAUUCUCUUUCCCAGGUUCUUACAUUCUCUUCCAGCAUUUUGCGUUCUUGAUCGCUGCUUUGCAAAACCCUCCAGCGGCCCUCUGUCUGGUAGGAAGCAUUUUGCGGGCUUCAAGAUCUUUCCGUUCUUUCUUUCCCUGUGGAAUUUGUCAUUCUUUUGUGCUCACGGGAAUCCGUCUGUUCCCCGCCCUCCAGGUGGUUCUCGCUCUCAUGGCUACUGACUGGCAACCCGGCUGUAUGGUCCCCCAGCUUCCCCCAGCUCUGGAGAGUCUAUCUGCCCAUUCGGACCGGGCCCUUCAGAAUACAUCUGGGAAUGUCCAGUCCUAUUCAGAUAGCUUAGCCUAUGGCGAUACCACCGUGAGAGAUGACCACCCUUCCCAAUAUGCCGUCAAAUACUCUCACCAUCCUCCGGUCCCUGCCCACCCUUUGCCUACUGCCUCUAGUUACCAUCAUCCUCAGGUGCUAGCCAACCGGUUCCAAACCAAGAAGCUUCGACGGUUGCAAUCCUUUGGUCCCAGCUCGGCUGGACCACGUAGAGGAAGGAGUUAUCUGAAGUCCCAGAAGUAUCUGGAGUAUCGGGCACGACCUCGACGCGACACUGGGAAGGAUGGAGAGCCAGUAUGGUCGGAUGAGCUGGAGGACGCUUUUCAACAGGCUCUUGAGGCAAAUCCUCCCAUGGGUAGAAGAAAGUGGUCUGAACGCGGCAAGUCGUACGGACGCAACGAGUUGAUUGCCGAGUUUAUCUUCAAGGCAACGGGCAAGAAGAGAAGCAGGAAGCAGGUUUCGAGUCACCUCCAGGUUCUGGAUUCGUUCCUCAAAGGGGAUCCUGAUUGGGAGCGACUCGUGCGAGAGCAAGCUUCGGACCGCUCUAGCAGCCAGUCUCACUCCAUCGGCCCCAAGUGGAGGAGCCCGGUCGAGCUUCCCUUGUCUAGCCACUAUGGUCACCAUUUGCACAAUCCUUACAACGACCAUUUGCGGCUGGUGCAGCCCUACCCCGUGGAGUUGCCUCCGCCACACUUCGUUCUCAACCCCACGAUGCGUGAUCCUUCGGUCCAGAACAUCCACGGUCUCAGCUUUGGGAUGUGGGUGAAUGCGCCGCACCGACAGGAUAUGAUCGAGAACGCCUAUCAUGAAUACACCCGUCUUCAGGGAGACCAGCGUCUUCCCGUGGCGCCGCCCACGCCCUUGGAGAACCUGGCAGGCUGGCGAACUAGCUUUCCUCAUCUGAACUCGCUGAUGGCAGACCUUGACCGUCCUCUCAACUGCGAGAUCAUCUACCUGGAGGCCAGCCUCAAUCUGAUGGACGACUUCCCUCCUUCCCGGUCCAGCCUCGGAAUCCACAUGGAGCUGGACUUUGCCCGUCCUGCCACGAACGAUGCUCCCAUGGUGAAUCAGAUGGACAACUGGAUCUGCAAUACGCUGAUCUACGACAAUGGUCAGGAAAUGGAGGCUGCCUUGGGCAAAGAACUGGGCAAACCAUCGUCGACCAAGGUGACGCGACUGUUUGAACCCAAGUGGUGGGCCCGGCUUUUCACCCAACUCACGCAGGAAAGAAGGCAGAUGGCAGAGGAGAAUCCGGGACACCCCGAAGCUGCCGACGAGCGAUCCAGACAGUUCCUGCGCACCAUGUCGGUGGUGCAGGAGAUUCGGGCCACGCCCCCUUCCCGACGACACUCCGCCAACCCGUACGUUGCCCAACCGGAGGAGGAGAGCCAGCCCAUGGCCAUCUUGCUCUGGAAGUUCCGCCAGACACGACCGGGCGAGGUUGGCACCACCACUUGGCAGAGGCUCAUCCCUCCGCCAGACCGCAUCACGACCAACAGUCCGCGGCCAGCCGCCGCCGCCCACGACGUCCAUCCUCUAUCCCUUGAUUCCAUCCUACUAAACAAACCUACCCCUAAUGUCUACCAUGCUCUACCACCCCCUCCGCCUGCUCCUCCUGUUGUUCCCCAUUCUCAUCACCAUCAUCCUCCUCAACCUCAUGAUCUGCUCCAGCACAACGGCACGUCGCAGCCCCCUUGGCCCAUGUAUCCACCACCGCAGGAGAACAUGUACUCGACGGGGCACUUUGAUUUCCUGCACUCGAUUACCAAGCCCGAGGACGGUCUGAGCGACAAAACGGCCGUCACCUCCGUCCUGGACCCCUUCCCACCGCUCCCGCCCCAAGCCACCAGCCAACCCGCAGCGCACCUCAGCGGCCCCAGCAGCGGAGGACCUGUGAUGCUCAACGUGCCCGAUAUCCUCUCGCACCCUAACCUCGGAUACACCAUGGGCCAUGAAAACCACUACCACGACAACAGCAACGUGUUGAACAUCUUCGGCAGCGGAUCGCAUUCCAUCGACGAGAUGGGCCACAAUCAGGCGGAAUGGUCGACGCCUUCCACUACCAUCCCGGACGGUGACGUCGGAUCUAGUCACUAUACGACGCAUCUACAGUUCCCGUCGUCGGACAGCCACGUGCCUGUCUCGCGCGAGUCGCACCAGCCGAACAGCUUCGAGGGACUCAUGGGACAUGAUGAUCUCAUUGACAAGCUGGUCGGGAAUAUCCCUGGCGAUCCAGAUAAGCCCGCCAAGACUAGUUACCAUUUCUCUUCUCCAACUCCGAUUCUCAUCUCCCUUACCACCACCCUCAACUACAUCCUCGUCAACCCUCAAUCCCCUCAUCACCCAGCCCCGAGGGAAGCGGGGGAAAACAAAGAAAAUAUGACAACCUCCCUCGCUCGCAAUCUCGCCUCACAAUCCGUCCAUCUAACCAUCCACCCGCCCCCGCGAUCCCUCUCCGAAAGCAAACUCGUGCUCUCCGCAUUACAGAAAUAUGGCGAGGUGGUGACGUUUAAGAAUCUUAAGUACGAUAAAACAAAUACAAACCCCACCGCUCCCCGAAAUACAAUCGCGGUUUUUGAAUCCCCUCAAGCCGCGAGGUCGGCGAUUGCUAGUUCGCCGUUGAAGAUUGCUUUGCCGUCUCCCUCCUCCUUGUCUUCCGCAUCUUCCUCGACUCCGAAUCCCUCACCGUCCCCCUCAAGUUUAAACUCAACCGAUCCCAAACCCAACCCCCGAACGCAAUCCCAUCCCCAAACAAAAACCCUAUUCUGCAACCUCCAACCCUCGCGCCAUAACCACCUCUCCUCCCUCCACCGGAACCCCUGCUACGGGAGUUUCAAAAUCGACAAGGAGAGUCACCAGGCGGUCGAUUUGCGGGAAACGGGCGUUCCUGUUAAGGAGUUGGCGGAUGUGCCCGUGAGGUGGAAGUUAGGGAGUUCGCAGGCACAGUCACGGGGACGAUCUUCGCGGGGAGAAGUACAAUCGCAGUCGCCAUCGCCAUCGCAGUCGCAGUCGAGGGGACAGGGACGGGGGGGAGAGCAAGGACAAGAGCAAGGACAAGCACGGGGGCAAGGACAAAUACAAAAGGAAGAGGGGGCUACCGGGGAGGGUGUGUUUGCGUGGAGUAGAAGGAAGAGGUGUAAGAUGGGUGGGACUUCAUUGCAGGCGUUGUUUAAUACCAAGGUUGGGGGUGAGGAGGGAGGCGAGGGAGGUAAAGCUGAGGUUGGGGGGAGGGGGAAUAGUGAUUGA